UCUCUCUCUCUCUCUCUCUCUCUCUCUCUCUCCCCUUAUAAUAAGUCCCUCCAAUUCAUGAAAUUCAAAGUUCUAGCUUCCUUUCCAACCAAACCCAGAAAUUUUCUCGGCCUCCAAACACCCCCUCAAAAUGCACAAUCACCACCAACCCCUCACCAUGGAGAUCACAGUAGUGUCGGCUGAAGGGCUCAAAACGUCGUCGUCAGCUCUCUUCGCUCACCGGAUCAGACCCUUCAUCACCAUCUCCACGGUCCCACCAGACCCGUACUUCUCCACCACCAACGGUGAUAAACGUUGCCAUGUGUACAAGACAAGGGUGGAUGAUCAAGGAGGGACCAAUCCCACUUGGGGGGACAAGUUCCGACUUCCCAUAGACGGCACGGCUUUCUUCACCAACAGAUAUUCCGGGAUAAACAUUAACCUCUACACAAAAAGGCUCUUCUUGGGCCAGAGCCACUUGGGCUCUUGCCACAUCCCGGCCCACGAUAUUGGGCUACCGCCAUCCCUCCGCCACCUGAGUUACCGGCUACGGGCUAGAGACGGUUCGAGGACCCGCGGGAUCAUUAACCUUUCGGUGAGGUUUGAAGGUUUGGGGGGCGUUGCCGGUAACGGGCUGUCACACUCUGUGUCACCGACAUUGCACGCGUGUCAGACGGUUAUUGGUGUACCGGUAAGGCCGUAUUCAGGUGUGAGUGGGUUACCUUCCACGUGUCGUGAGGAGUUUGGUGUUAAUUGUAUUGGACGGUGAUAGGUGGGCCCAUGAUGAUGUUACGUUAAUCGUGAGGUUUGUGCUUUUGGUACAUAAGUUAACUAUGGUGGUCUGUGAUGUGGGAUAGUAAAAGCUUCUUCAGUGAGCACAAACCCAAGGGAAGGUCUUGUAAAAAACUGUCCUAAAACGAGUGUAGAGAAAGUUAAUGCCACUAAAUAGUGUGCGUCCGAAAGACAGGUGUAUUUUUCUGUGACAAAGGUUGGCCCUUUUUUUAGGAAAAAGAAAAUGUACAACCAAUUUUCUUCUCU